AUGGGAUACUUGGAGAGGAUAUGCCAAAUAUGUGGCGUGAGCUUCAAUAUCAGCCGUUAUCCCACGAGAGAGGAGGUUUUCGCUGGCCUCCCCUGGCGACCGUGGCUGGAAGGGGCCACGCAUGAUUACAGGCACAAGUACGAGUGCAUGCGUGGAGGAUGCCAAGUGAUCAAUACCUGGCAGGCAGAAUUGGACCAUUCCGAUGACGGCAGACAAGACUUUGAGGACCAUCCCGACUGGGGUAGUGACCGGCUCCAUUUCGGCGAGGAUGGUUGUUAUCAGUCCGAGACCGAGUUCGUUGAGGAGACGUAUGAGUACGAUACGCCAAACGAGAGUGAGGAAGAAGCCUCCAUCGGAGCGCCCGAGACCACAACCGACACAGUGGAUGCCGCUGAUCCUGAACCAGCCGACGACUCACUAUACUCGGCAUUUCUCGACUCUUUGCCCCUCAGAAAACCGGGUCGUUCCUACUUUUGGGCUAGGCACAUGAGAUAUAUCCAUGAGAAUGUCUCCUCGGAAGACGAUAGGCUGUGGAUGGAUUACCAGCAUGUCAGCGGGCCUGGCUGCCGCAACACAGGCGCAUAUAACGGCUUCUUGUUAUCCGCCGACGAAGCCCGUGGAUGCUCCACGCUUCAAUGUCUUGUCCCAAAAUCUCCCUCCUCAGAUACUUUCACAGCGGAGAGGAUGGACGAAGAGUUUGAGAAAUCAAGCGGUUUCUUCCUGAGUGGGCUUUGUGAUAGGGUACCCAGCUUGGAUGACCAACUGCCCGCAGCGUACCCUCCUCGACAUAAUGCCGGAAGACCACUGGCCGCUAACUUCCUAGUUCAUGAGGAGGUGACCCCGAGAUUAGCGAUAUCUUUUCAUCCAACCUGUUUGGAAAUUUUCAAGCGAGCUUGUCUUCAUCGGUAUGGGGAGGUCCAAAUUCAGGCGUUGACUGACUGGGUCUCCCUCGAGGCAACCAUUAAUGUGAUGCUUCACGAGUUCCCACGAGACGAGGCAGUACGAAAGGGUAGUUCACAGUACUGGGAUCACUGGCCAGGGGAUGAAUUUUUGGCCGCCAAUCCGUGUUUCAUUCCCACCCUGGAAUCAUAUUUGGACACCGCGAUGGCAAGGGGAUUAGCCAUCACCGAUCUCCACGAGGUUGCUGUUCCUAUUGGAGAUUUUGACAGUACCUCGGUUGGAAAGGACUGUUUCUCCAAGCUUCCAUUCGAGAUUCGUCUUGAGAUUUUAGCUCACAUGGAGCCUGGCGAUCUUGCUAAUCUUCGACUUGCAUCUAAAGCUUUCAGAACCCUGCCUCAGUAUUUAUUCCGAAACCUGCUUCAGAAGAACUUUCCUUGGGUUUAUGAAGCCUGGUGUACACAUCCAUACUCAUUCUGGGCUACCAGAGAGGCCCGGGAUGUGAGGAAAAUAGAUGAUGACUGGCAGAAAGAGCGAGAACUCCUGGAGACAAGGAUCCAAAUCUUGAAGGAGGAGGCACUGCCGGAUUCGAACAACGAGGAUGCGAUUGCGGGAAUCAGAGAAAUCCUGAAACAAAAAGAAGUCGAGUAUGAAAACAUCUUCCAGUCCCAACCAGCAACCAAUCUUUCCGUUUCCAGGACUGAUUGGUUCCGUCUCUUUUGCGAUAUAUCCAAGAACCGACGACGAAUCAACGGCCUAAGAAAUCGUGAACGAAUCUGGAAGGACUGCAAUGAGAUGCUCGACCGGGUGGAACGUCACCGCGCUGAGGGGAGGCUGGGGACUGAAAUGACGGACACUGAGCGACGAAUGCAGACGUUGGACAAGUACGGUCGUCCAGAGCGAUUCGGACUGCAGGUUCCGGAGGAAUGA